GAUUGUCGCAAUGAUUGACGCCGUGAUUGUCGCAUUUUACAAAGUUUGCACGAAGUGCAUAACCCCAUUUUGUUAUUUUCAAAAUAAUGACAACAGUGGAAAUCACAGAUAUUUUAUGCGAUUUUCUUGAAGUUUCCAUACAUAACAUUCUUUACACUAGGAAAUUAUAUCCAGAAGCAAUAUUUACACCUCGAAAAAAGUAUGGUGUUACUGUCUACCAAUCAGAACAUCCAAUAUUAAAUGAGUAUAUUACCCAAGUACUAAAAGCAGCCCAAGCUCAUGCUCAAAACAAUCAACUGAAGCAAAUUAUUUUGUGCAUUAGAAGUGACAAAGUUUUAGUUGAGAAAUAUAUCUUUGAUGUUAUACAAUUUGAAAAUAAAUCCACUGAAAGUGAUUCUUUAUUUGGUCAAUUGGAACAAACUUUACGACAUUUUUGCUUAAAGUUGUCUAAUUCCAUCCAUGGACUUAAACCAUUAUCAAGUCAAUCAGAGUUCGAUAUUAUCCUACAUACCACUGAAUUUUCAGCUGUUGCAUUUAAUGAAGAACAGGAACAAAAGGAGUUUCCUUGGCUUCCAGUCAAUCAAAUUGAGUUCAAUACACUAGGAAUUGUACCAAUACACAGUAUUGAUACUGAUAAACUAGUCAUGCAGAUAUACUUUGAAGAAUGUGAUGACAAGAGUUAACAAAUAAUUAUGUUUUCAACGAUUGCGUAAAUCAUAAAAAUCUUGAAGCAUG